AUGCCUGACUUUCACUCUUUGCCUGAUGGCACAUACCCUGCAAAUGCCAUCCGCAACAAUGGCCCAGAUAACUUAGUAUUUGAGCGGGCCAAACUCCGUGAACUAGCAGAAGGCUGGCCAUGCUAUCGUGAUGCAUGUGAAUGGGAGAACUUUGAAUCAAUCUUCCAUGACAAUGCCUUUGUGUACACAACUUGGUCUGGCCGAGUGUCAUACAAGGACUUCAUGGCAGCCUCGAAGGUCGGAAUGGACAAAGGUGCUUUCAUAAUGCAUCGUUGCCAUGGUGUAACAACUGACAUCACGCCCGAUGCCACUCGUGCCCUGACAAAGAUGAAGGCAACUAUCACUCAGCGAUUCACCAUUGAUGGCUGUGAAGUCGACGCUGAGGCUGAUUGUCGAUUCUGGUUCUGCUUCGAGAAGCUAGAUGGCCGCUGGGGUGCACGCUUUGUUCGCCACUGGUAUGAGAAGGACAAACUCAUUCCUGUCAAUCCGAACAACAUCCCCAGAAUUGAUGAUGCGAAGUUGAACUCUUAUCCUGAGGGUUACAAGUGUCUGGCUUAUUGCCAGGAGCUUACCAUGGGUGUCACUGUGUUGACGGAUAUGCCUGGGCACCGACGAUCUGCUGGCACACCCUGUGGAGAUAAGCAUGACUUGCUGUAUAAGCUUUCCAAGGACUGGUUAGAUGGAAAGGAUAUCGAUGUGUAA